ACUGAAUUGGCUGGUGCAGGAACUCAACGGCUUCCACGGCUUAUUGGCCUCACUAAAGCUCUUGAAAUGAUGCUGACGUCCAAACCUGUGAAAGGGAAAGAAGCUUAUGCGCUAGGGCUUGUUGAUGCUAUUGUUCCACCUGGUGAUUUGCUAAUAACUGCUCGUCACUGGGCCAUAGAAAUUGCGGAGUGCAGGCGGCCUUGGAUAAAGAGCCUUUAUAAAACUGACAAAGUAGGGUCAUUGAGGGAAGCUAAAGAAAUUAUCAAGUUUGCAAGAGCUCAGGCACAAAAGCAAUCUGCUUAUCUCGAACAUCCACGAGUUUGUAUUGAUGUCAUAGAAGAAGGUAUUGUAUCAGGGCCUCGUGCUGGACUUCUGAAGGAAGCAAAUGCUUCUUGGACUCUUCAGUUCUCUCCCACAAGCAAAAGUUUGGUGUGUUCUUUGCGCAACGAGCUACUACCAAGGUUCCUGGAAUUUCUGACUUGGGUUUGACCCCUAGAAAUAU